GAAAAGUCCUAAAGGCGUGGCUUGAUCAUUGUUGAGACACACACCUGUAACCGAAAACCAUUAAAGGACGCUGCUGGCGGCGUCCGUUUAACUCUACAAUUGAGAUUACAAAAUGGUGGAGCAAGCACUAGAAGUAAGCAGUGCCAUUUCCCCUCAGGCUGGACCUGGUGAGGUGGAAAACCACAUUCUCUCUGAUGCCAACAUGAGAAGAGUUACUCAAGCAAUUGGCCGUCAGCUGGCUCAGAUCGGCGAUGAACUGAACAGCAGAUGGAGGGAGAAGCUCCCACAGCAACGACACCUGGACUGGCAGGUUUAUCCAAACGUACUGAUCUGGAGAGCCAUCAAUAGGAGGAUCACUGGUAUCCUUCAGUGGUCGACGUUCAUGCCGAUGGUAAGGCUGGUUCCAGAGCUUCACGCACAAGCUUGCCAAACAACUAUGAAGUGGAUCAACUGGGUAAAGCCACAUUUUCCUGAUUGGUCCAGCAAGACAAAAUGUUUUCUCGCUUCUGCUGCCCUGCUAGUAGCUGCAACUGUCUUUACUGCUACCAGGAUUUAAACCAACACCCAGAAAAGGGCCAAGAGCGGGUCUUUGGCGGGUCUCGGAGUGGGUCAAGAUGGAUUUGUGUUCAUUUUUUAUAUGAUUUUGUAUGAUUUUCUACAAGAUGGUUUUCUACCUGAUUGCAACCUGAGUGCUGGUUCACAUGAUUUUUGUAAGUUGUUUGACGCUGUUGUUGGUUUACAGUAGGGUCUGUUGCUGGUAAAUUGGGCCAUAUUAAUUCUCUUACCUCUUCCUCUUCUAAACAAAUGCUAUACUAUUAUAGGAAGCUGGACUUUCAAUUUGACAAUUUCACUGCAAUGCAAUUAUAAUAAAAGCUGUUGAAUGA